AUGGCAAUGAAGGGAGAGACGCCAGAGAAGAAGGAGGAGCAGAGCCGCCAGGGUUCUUCGCCUGCGGCGCCAUUCCGAGGGCGGCGCACUGCCGGAGAGGAAGUAGAGAAGCAGGCUAAGACGGAGAAAGAAACGCCGGUGCCCCAGAGGAAGAAGAAGAAGCGUGGCGGCGACAUCCUCUGUCCGUCGCCGAAGACGACGUCGGUGGCAGCCCAAAUCGUGCAGACGCCGCGAUCUGAUGUCGAGGAGACGACGGAGCUGAAGGCGGCGGCGGCGGGCUGGCCUCGUGGUCGUCGAGUAUCGCCAAGGGAAGACAAGCCGUCAGAGAAGCUGCUCACGCCAAGGAAGGGAGUGGAGGAAAGGGAGCUGCCGACGGGGAAGAUGGCUCUGCCGGCGUGGAAGAUGAUGACGGAGGAGCAUCCAACAAACGAGGAGAAGGUGGAGGGUGCCAGUGUCUGCCACUCCACGAACCCUAUGUCGCGGGAACUAGAUCCGCGCAUCAUGGCAGCUGGGCUCUCGAUGGGCCGAUCUGAUCUGCAAUGGAGGUUGUCAUUAGGCCACGGACGAGAGAAGUGCCUUAGAAGACCGGGUCAACAGUUGGUGUGGCGGACCAGCAAAGUGGGCCCAGUCGAGUGGACAUAA